GAAUUAAUAUUAUUGAUGGAUCAGUGUUGAAUAAUUUAUGUUGUCCGUAUACACCUCAGCUUAACUCUUACAAAAACUAAUUUUAUACAUUUUAGAGUCCAGUACUGUUGUCAGUAUGACGUAGUAAGGGACGCGUGCGUAAGGAGCGCAGCUGCCCCUCAGGAAGCUAGGGAGGAACUACAAGCGAACGAUUAAAUAUGUGCACAAUCCUCUUGUCUGCAAAUGUUUAAGAGAAACAACAAUACUAUCCAUUAAGAGGAUUGUUGCAAGUGUUCUGUUACUAACAAAAAACGCCAAGACGACGAAUAAUUUCACCGUAGAAAUAAGAGAAAUAUAAAAUGGCUAGCAGUUGAAAAUUGGUAGGCUGUGGCCACAAUGUCAAAAAAAGAAGAUUCGGGAGGAAAGAAAGGUUCUCACCAAACUGAACUUUACACAGAGGUCCCUGCGACAUGCCUGCCUAUUGUCUAUUCCCCAGAGUACAACAUCACCUUCAUGGGUCUGGAAAAGCUGCAUCCCUUUGACGCUGGCAAAUGGGGCAAGGUCAUUCGCUUCUUAAAAGAGGAGCAGUUCAUCACCGAUGAGAUCAUUGUUCAUGCCCGGGAGGCCAGCGAGGCGGAUCUUCUUGUGGUUCACACCGCGCGUUACCUGAACAGACUCAAGUGGUCGCUGGUGGUUGCCACCAUUACAGAAAUCCCACCUGUCCUGUUCCUGCCCAACUUCCUGGUACAGCGCAAAGUUCUAAAACCUUUGCGAACGCAAACAGGAGGAACCAUUAUGGCUGGAAAGCUGGCAAUGGAUCGAGGAUGGGCAAUAAAUGUGGGAGGAGGCUUCCACCACUGCUCCAGUGACAAAGGAGGAGGUUUUUGUGCCUACGCUGACAUCACAUUGGCGAUCAAGUUUCUCUUUGAGAGGGUGGAAGGAGUUUCCAGGGCCACCAUCAUUGAUCUAGACGCCCAUCAGGGAAACGGCCACGAGCGGGAUUUCCUGGAAGACAGACGUGUUUACAUAAUGGAUGUCUAUAAUCGCCACAUCUAUCCAGGAGAUGGAUAUGCAAAGAGGGCGAUUAAACGAAAAGUGGAGCUGGAAUGGGGCACAGAAGACAUGGAAUAUCUACAGAAAGUGGAGCUCCAUUCAGAAGGGGCACUGAAUGAAAUACGUCCUGACAUCAUCAUAUACAAUGCAGGCACGGACAUUCUUGAUGGAGACCCUCUAGGAGGGCUGGCUAUAUCCCCACAGGGUAUCAUAAAGAGAGAUGAGAUCAUCUUCAGGGCAGCCCGGCGACGAGGAAUCCCCAUCCUUAUGGUGACGUCAGGGGGCUACCAGAAGAAAACUGCCCGCAUCAUUGCUGACUCCAUCCUGAAUCUGCACAGACAGGGUUUGAUUGGCGAAGAGGCUGUAGAGGGUGCGGGACCCUCACAUGUACCGUUCAUGAUGAGCAGAUCUGUGUCAUCGGGGGCCACAUUCAGUGCCAUUUAAACUCUCCUGAUCUUGGACCUUGUCAAGUGUGUCAAACACACUGUUCAUUUACCUAAUGCAAACAUUUAGAACUAAUAUAUAAUGUUCUGGUCAGGGAUCUAAUGGUUUGGUGGUUUGGACCGAGAUUGACUCAGGAUAGUUUUCAUAGUUCAUUGAUUUGAACUAUUUAACUCGUAUGUUGCAUUUUUUGUGAUAGUUUUGGAGUGAAAUUUUGAAAUUGGGUAAUAUUUUUUAUUUUUCCAUUAUUUCUUAAGGGUAUUUUAUGCAAUGCUUGUUUGCACAUUCAAUUUUCAAAGGAAUAGUUUACCCAAAAAUAAAUUCUGUCAGCAUUUGCUCACACUCAAAUCCAUUCAGUUUUAUUAUAUGGGAAAGAACAUUUCUCAUUUCGUGUUCCGCAAAAGAAAGACAAUUAUACGGGUUUGGAAUGACAGAAUUUUCAUUGUUGGGUAAACCUUUUUAAUUGGUUGGGCAUUGGAAGAGAAUUGAUUUCUUCUCAAUUUCAAAAACAAAUCUAAGGGAUACCAUACAUUAAUACAUUCCUCUAGAAAUCCCCAGUUUGAGAUCCACACAAGAAAAAUAGACCAUAUGCCAAGAGUCGAUUUUAUUGAGCAAUUUGAGUCAGCUGCAACACUAUAUUAGGUUUAUUCAAAAUUAAAUUAUGGCAUUAUGAAUCAAUUUUGGAUGCAUUACAGAUUCCUCAUUGCGUUGACCUGCUCUGCUAUCACGCUUUAAAUUAUUCUUUGACAUUAAAUGGAAGUUGCUCUUAAGAUGUGCUUUUGUGACCGGUUGGUUUUAGCAACGCGCAGGAAUUCUCAUUUGUGUGCAUCAGCAGGUGGACCACUGUCAGGCUGAGUGCUUUCUAUCAUAUUACGCCUGGCAGGCUUUUGAAAUGUCUUCAGACUGAAGCCGGGGCUCUCUCUAUUAGGAAAUGAAACUCUUCAUUGGAGAAUCUGAGAGACACUGCAGUUGGUUACCAGUGACAGUUCUAAAGCCGUGAUCUUGUCUGCCUCAAUUUAACAAGAUGGUUCCUGUCAUCUAGAGAAUAAGUAGGAGAUGGUGACACUGUUUUCUUUUUUUGUUCAGAUUCUAAAUUAAAAUCUAAUUAAAUUUAAAAUCUAGAUUUUCAGUUUUUGAUUUUGUUUUUGUGUUGUGAUUUUUAUUUUUAGACAUCAAGUGUAGAACAGUCAACUAUUUUUACUCAAGGAGUUCAUUACUCCACACAGAUUUACCACUGAAUUUGUCACUAUUGGCAUUAUAAGCUUUUGAGUUUAUUUAAAGAUAUGAUUCACCCAAAAAUGAAAAUUCUAUCAUCAUUUAUUCACCCGCAUGUUUUUUUCAAAUCUGAUUUUCUUGUGGAACAUAAGUAUUUAGGACAUGAUGGAAAGAAAUAUGAGAUGGGAGGAAAAAAGUACAUAUCAAUGCUUUUGUGAUCACUCACAAGACAUAUAUGAUAAUAUGUGGAAAUAAUAUGAAGUGGGAGGAAAAAACUAUACUGUAUUUCAGUGCUAAUGCAAGUAAAUGUAAAGUUUCUUGGGGGAAUGUUUUGCAAGUAAGUGCAAAGUUUUUCAAGGUGUCCAAAAGAAACGUAAAGUUUCUUCAAAAGUUUUUGCAAGCGAACAUAUUGUUUCUAUGGGAACGCAAUAGUUUUUCAAGCGAAUACAAUUUUUCCUGUGGGAACUCAAAACUUUUGCAGAUAAACACCAAAGCAUUGAAUAUAACUUUUCUUUAUAUCUCAUAUUUUUCCAUCACAAACUCCUGGUUUCUAUCCACUUUGUGUAAAAGAGAGCCGCAUUAAUAUUUUCUAAAGUAUAUCCUUUUUUGUUCUGCAGAAAAAAAAUCCCAUAAUGAGGGUGAGUAAAUGAACUCUUUUGUGAAAUUAUCUCUUUUAUUUAGUUUUAUUUCAAGCUCAAGGUUGGUAUUCAGAGGGUUGUCGUCUUAAGGAGCAAGUUAGGAGUUUUGUGGUAGGCACUUAUCCUCAGGUUGCAGGGGAAAUGGUCGACAUUGUGUGAAAUUUGUAGAAACUAAUUCCUCCGACCUUGUCCAUAAAGUUUUGCUGGGAGGUGUUACUGGACCUCCAGAUCUUUCUGCACUAAAUUGCUCUAAGAACACAGAAUAAAGUAAAAACAUUGCUCUGUUCCUUUGUGCAUCCCAACCACCCCGACAUAGCAAAAUUGCAUGAGCCAAUGGCGUGAUUUUGGGACAGAUCUAUAUUUCUAUAUUUCGAAUAUAGGUGAUUCUUUUGAAUAAGUGAAAAACUAUGUUCUAGAUAGUAAAAAUGUGUGUAAUGUGAAUGUAAUCCGAACGUCAUCCGGGCACUAUUGGCAUACUGUUUUAUGAAUACUGUGAAUUCGGACACAUUACUUUGUUUGCCUACUAUACAGUUGGGAAGUUUGCGAUUUCGAAUGCAGCCAAAAUAUCUGGAGGUGCUAAUGGUACAGAAACUACACACAUCAUGUUUAACAGUUAAUUAACAUGUAAUUUUUAAAACCUACUGAAAUAUUACUGAAAUUGUUGUUAUUUAUUUUGUGAUUUGUGUACAGUGAUACCUCCCAUUCCACGUAUCACGGAAUGAGACUUAGUUUAUGAAAGUAAAGAGAGAAGAGCACUAAAUUAGUGAGGUGUUUACUCUUUUGGGAAUGGCAAAAUUUUAGCAUUAUUAAUGUUUUUUUAGGUCUUGGGUUGAGGUUAUGAGUCUCAUAUUGCACUCGGGUGCUGGAGGGAUCUUGGUAAUGGACACUAAUGAGUGUAGUAGGGCUCUUUUCGUUGCGUUCCUUUCUUUUUCUCUUUAAUGAAAAGCGUCAAAAGGAUGCGUAUGGAGGUCACUUGAAAGACGUGAACCCUUUAGCUCUAGCUAGCAGUUUAAUGGAUCCGUACAUGAAAAGGACCAUCGUGGUCCUGCUUGAACAAAUGACUUUCUGAUGAGUAUUUCAUGUGCAUAGAUCUAAAUGGAUGGAUUUCAAACUCGCCAACUUCAUUGGUAACAUUUUUUUUGGUUGAUAACCUUGUGUACACCUUGAACACUAAACAUCUUAUGCGCUUAUUGUGGUUUGUGCCACUUUAUGAAACAUGUAUAUUUAAUUUAUUCCUUUGUCUUGAAUUAUUUUUGAUAUAAAAUUACUUCAAAUUUAAUUUAGUAACUAAUUAAUCAUAUCUUGUCUAUUUAAACCUGUGUUUAUGUAUGAAAAUACUUCAUUACUUGGGUAAUAUACAUUUAUACAAAUCUAUAGAGAUGGUGCUUUGUUAACAUCUAACAAAUGUGCCAAAUGUCUUCAUGUUCGGUUUGUCGUGUUGUUUUGUACCUGGCACUUUUUAUUUGAUGUAAUUUCCAUGUAAGAACAGGGAAAAUAAAUCAAGUCUAACAAUGCAA